UCGGCUGUGAUAUACCCAACCAACUUUAAAGAUUCCAAGUUGCCCAUCUCUAUGCUGUCAGUCAGGACGUCAGGAGAAAAGUGUCAGUUCGUUGAAGAAAUUGACGUGUACAAAAAUGGAUUUUAAGUUAAAAAAUAAUUAAUACACCCAAUUAUUACCUACUAAUUCGUAGGUUAAUCAGCUCUGCGUGCAUAUUUAUAAAGAGAUUUAUUAGCGAUAAAUAAAUAAAUAAGCAAUCAGAUACGAUGGAGGACGAGUUACUAGGCUCAGGAAGUAAGAAAAAUGGAUUUUCACAAUUCUGCACUAGGGUUUCCCAGAUCCACCAGAGCAUGUUGGACAAGUGGACACCAUAUGCCCUACCAAGAUGGUGUUUUGCAGGCUUCCUCAUCAUUUGUUUUGCUCUAAGAGUCAUCUUAUUGCAGGGAUGGUACAUAAUUACAUAUGCACUAGGGAUAUAUCACUUGAACCUAUUUAUAGCUUUCCUUACUCCAAAAAUUGAUCCUGCUAUGGACUUUGAUGCUGAAGAUAACGGCCCCGAGUUACCAACAAGAGCAAACGAGGAAUUUCGACCGUUCAUACGCAGACUGCCAGAAUUCAAAUUCUGGUAUUCAGUGACAAAAAGCACGAUCAUCGGAUUGAUAUGCACGUUCUUUGAUUGCUUCAACAUCCCAGUAUUCUGGCCUAUUUUGGUCCUGUACUUCUUCACGUUGUUGUGUAUCACGAUGAAGAGGCAGAUCAGGGUUAGUUAGGUUUUUUUAAUAAAGAAACGAACUAUAGGCGUUUUACACUGUUUUUGGCAGAUUCAUACCAAUGUUAUAUGAUAUAAGUAAACAGAUUGACGUACUAUAUCGUAUGUGAGAUUGACUUACUGUAUCGUGUGUGGGGCUUUACUUUCAAAUGGGAAAUUGCACACUGUGCAAACCUAUCCUCAACACAUCAUUUCGUAUUUCGAGGUAUUGCUAUGUUUUAUUUUAUGAAUAUCAAUAAAAGGUAAACUCAACCCGCACACCCAUGGCAACUGGGUUGUCACAUCGACAGUGAAUAAACAAAUAUUACAUUGGUGAGAAAUUUUUUGAAACUGAAGAACGUAUCUCUGUGAGCUUAUACAAUCGUCUGAGCACAGCGGCUUGUGUAUGAAGUAUGGUAGAAACAUGAUUAUUGAUUUUAUGUUUACCAAAGUUGUAUUUUGUCAAACAUCAAUAUUAUCUCCUUCCUUCAGAGUAGUUGCCUUGGAGGUGGAGACAUUGUUUUCAGCCUUGGUAGCAGUGCUGGAAGUCUUCAACGGGUACGGCCUCCAGCAAGUCUGUUACUCUCUUUCAAAUGUUUUCUGGAACCCCCAAAUGACGUUCUUUAAGGACAUUGUUCAUUUUUGGAAAAACUCACAUUCACUGAGAUCUGGUUAAUAGGGGGCCUGGCAAACCAUAGGAAUGCCUUUUGAGGUCAAAAUACUGUAAUCGACUUGACCUUGUGACAUGAAGUGUUGUCUUGAUGGAUCAUCCACUUGUUCGCAAUGCCAGUUGUGAGGUUUUUCGGCAACGUUUUGGCAGAGAUCUUUCUCAGUCAAAAUUUGAUAAACAGUAAAACUGUUCAAAUGAUCAGGACCUCGAAAGGAGGGUUUUCGGCCCUAAGGAAUUUAGAGUUCCGACUUUAUUACACUGUAAAGCCACUACAAACAUAAUACAAUGCAAGUUUAUUGAAGAAACUUAACACAGAUAUACUUAGUUGCUGUGCAACAUGGCAUAUAGUUAGCCUCAGAUUAAAUGCUGUAUUAAUGUAUAGUCAGUAAAAAUGAAAUUAAAUUUGACUAGAUGGAUUCUUAUUCAUCCGUUUUUCGCUUUUUGAAUAAUGAGAAGCAGCAGAAUCGCAAAUAUAGUCACUAAAUCAACAUUCUGUUUUUUUCUACUCUAUAUUAAGCGCGGACAAUUUAAUGUUUUGAAAAUUCUUUCUAUAUCUAAAGUGAUGGCAGCUUAGCUUGAUUCACAUGUUUCAUUAUUAGGCUUAAAAUACAAACUAACAUCCAUAUCUUCCGAAACAAUAUUCAUAUAAACCCCCAUGUUUGUCUGGCUAAUGAAAAUAAUGAAAAAUGUACUACAUUAAAGCAGAAAAAAUAGGGACGGUAGGCGACGGGCAGAUCUAUAACAUAGCAAAAAAUGACCCAAGUCACUGUUUUUGAGAUAUACAUUUUUUUGUCUUUUUCGAAAAAUUUCCUCUUUCAAUCUAGCUUUUGUUGCUGUGUCUAGAAAUAACAGGAUAUAUGUUUUUUUUGCAAAAUAUUCUCAGAUAGUAGGUCUGCUAUUUGAAAUAUCAUUUAUAAGGAUAAAUACAAGUAGGUAAACUUGACAAACUAUUUUACUCAACUUUGGCAUUCAGCAAUGAAAUAAAAAUAUACUAGACUGCUACCGCAAAGUACUACGAUAAAUUACCUGCUUAAUCAGUACUUCAGAAAGGUAAAAUAGUGCUACCGUUCUUAAAGAAUUCAAAAAAAAACUAAAAAAAUUCAUGAAACGCUUACUAGGGUCACUUUUUGGUAUGUUUUAGAUAUGCCUUUCACCUAUGUUCCUCAUUUUUUGACGUACUAUUUACCGGUUUUAUUGGCCAGACAGAUAUGGGGGAUUAUCAACAUGAAAACCACAGAAUAUGUUUCAGAUCUUAAAUUAACGUCCAUAUAUUCCAUAUUUUCUCAGCUAACUAGAACUGCUCCGUUGUUUCUCAAUAUUUUCCUUUUUUUUCUCUUAUAAGCUUAUACAUAGGACUUGCAAUUGUGGUUUUUAUUAUUCUUGAACAACAGCCACGGAUAUUGCUUUUUCAUGUUUUCAUUGAAACAAUCAUAAAUAACUCUUAAUUGUAUAAAAGUUAACUUUUCGACGUAAGUAUUAAGAAUGUCACACGUAUAAACCUGUGUCCUCCUAAGUUAUUCUCAUUAAAUACAAAAGAGAGACACUACUCGCUCACCACAGCACACGGGCUAAAUUUACUUGUAUCGAGAUAGAUAUGUAUUUAUUUGUUUCAAUUUUAGUUUCCAAUAUGAGCGCUAAACCUUUAAAAAACCAUACUCAUAUUUUACCGCAAGCUGAACCCGUUCCCUCUGUCUGAUAAUUUAUUCUUUCAUGUUUCAGCAUAUGAUCAAAUAUAGGUAUUUACCGUUCACGCACGGUAAGCCAAAGUACCAAGGACACGAAGAAGCGACGGGCAAGGUGAUCGUCAGCCCCAAGUGACAGGUCAUCAAGGGAGUGACGGACAUCGGACUACAUGUAGGCGCAGGCGGUACCUAAGUUACGGUACCGUCAACCGUACUAAAUCGAUCGUUUAAAUGCAAAACACUUUUUUUUCAUUCAAGGUUUCGAGCGUGGAUGUAAUUAAAGAUAUAAGAAAUUUUAUAGGGCAAUUGGCAACCUGGUAAAAUGGAUGAUGCGUUGACGGUCAUAACAAACAGAUGUUCACAUCUGACAAGUGUUGGCAGAGUAUCUUUAACGAUACUUCAUUACGUCAAAUGUGACAGCAAAUAACAGCUGCUAAUCUAGUGACAUCCAAAAAAUAACAAGUGCAGAUAGACGUCAACACGCAAUGAAGCAUAGUGAAAAAGCUUUUUUUGGGAUUAAACAUAACAUCACUUUCGUCAGGUUGCCGCUUGUAUACGAAAUUGAUAUAAAAUUUCAUAACACACUCAGAUAGGUAUGAUGCGCCACUGAAGUAACCCUCAGCGUUUCAGUUCCAGAGUAAGAAAUCUCGUAUCCUUGGGAGCAAUUUUCCGAUUCGAUUUUUUUUCAUUGUCACAUUUUUGGACGCGUCUUAACAUUGGCGGACGGUAAACUCAUAGCAAAUUUGCUUAAACAAUUUUUUAAAGAAACAUCAAAAGUUCUUUCGUUCUGAGUAAAGGUUUUUUAACCAUUCUGUACAAAAAUGGUUCUAAGAAACUUUUCUGUAAAGUUGAUAAUUUUCGAGUUAUAAGCAACAAGACAAAUAAGGUAUUCUAGGAAAUGUCCACAUGACGUCACGUACCUCAGAUGUACUGGUGAAACAUAACCCUAUAUUUCAUGUGUUUCGUGUUGGCGUCGUUCCUUCUGUGCGUUUGAAUUUUUAUUGACUUGCUUCGUGUAUAUUGUCGACAUGCUUUAAUUAUUAUCAGUACCUGAAAAAUUUUAAGCUGUAGUGUUUGGCUGCACUCCUUUCUCACAACAAAUCAAAACCCCUCGUUUAUUUGUAUAGUCCAUAUUUUUUUAGAUAGAUACUAAUUUUUAUUCAAAAACGCUAAAAUAAGACUCAACAACUAAAAUUUAUUAGUUAUUUCAUACCUCACAUGUACAUCGAUCUGGAUAUCACCUACAGGGUGGCCGAUAUGUAACUGACUGGUUUGUAUCUUGAAUAUUUGUGAAAUGAAAUAUUUUCUAUCGCUUUCGUAAUAUUGUUCUUCAGCUGCUGUUCAGUAUUUGGUUUGUUGGCAUAAACCCUGUUUUUAAAAAAUUCCCAUAAAAAAAGUCAGCAGCCGUUAAAUCCGUUGUCUUUGGUGGCCAGUUGAAAAGAUUCAUUGUUUCCCUAGCUUUGUGACAAGUUGCUCCGUCCUGCUGGAACCGCAUAUUUUGCCGGUUAAAUUGUUGGAUUUGAGGUGCCAGAAAGUUUUGCACCAUAUCACGGUAGCGCUCGCCAGUAACAGUAAGAUAAUUACCUGCAGCGUCUUAAAAGAAGUAAGGUCACCUCCAUACCAAACACCGCACCAAACUGUGACUGGACGAGGAUGUAGUGGUCGUUGAUGGAUGACACGAGGGUUCUAGAAUGCCCAGAUACAACAAUUCUGCUUAUUAACAAAUCCGUUCAUAUCGAAGUGAGCGUCAUCGCUCAUUAUCAGUUGUCGGUAAAAAUCUUUAUUUUGGGUAUUAAGCUGCAAUAAUAUUGCACCACUGUAUUGUCGGCGACUUUCAUGAUCACCAGGCUGUAGUUCUUGGGUUAACUAAAUUUUGCAUGGCCGCAAAUGCAAGUAUUUUUUAAAAUCGUGCAUAAUGACGUGUGACGAAUACCCAGUUCUUAAGAACGAUGUCUGGUAGACGUCUCAGGGCACUCCACUACAUUUUCACGAACUCUCGAUAUUUUCCGGAGUAUGAACAGUUCCAAGUUGGCAAGUCUUUAACUUCAACUGUUUGUUCACUUUUCCGCACCAACUGACAAAUGGUGUUGACACUGGGCACAUUAUUUCGACCGAAAUCUUGUCGUAGCUUCCGAAUCGUUGCAACAAUCGACUCAUUAUUGAAGUUUCAACAAUACGGACGCGUUGUGGUAUCGUGUAGCGCUCCAUGAUGAAUUGGACACAUGUGCUUUAAACAACUACUACGGCGCCACCUACUGAAAUGCGUGUAUCAAAAAUGACGCGCAAUUUAAGUCAGUCAGUUAUAUAUUGGCCAACCUGAAUAAGGAGGCUUCAAAAACUACUGUGCAUUCGGUUUAAAAUUACUAAUCGUAAUUCUGCUUACAACUCCAGAUGAUUUUGACUGCAAACGUUUUUGCCAUGAAUUGAAUGCUACAAUAACAGAAAGUGAAAUAAAAUGGUUUAUAAUAUAAUGGAGAAUAUGAAUCUUAUGUUCCUUUACUGAAACUCUGAGAGUGCUUUAAUAUUGACGAUCUAUUUCUGUAUAGAUUUACGGAGUCUUAAGUGUGAAGUGGCAUGUCAUUCUAUGGCAAUGUCAAGAUCUUGGUGUGUAAGAAACAAAUCGAAUUAUUGAGUUUUUAACACACGGUUGCCAAAUUUUAUAAUGGUCCCUGUAAAUUCAUACAGAUUUUAAUAAGUAAUAAUAAUAAUUCUGAAGAAUGAUAAAGUAUCAAAUAAAUAUAUCUGUAAUUUUGUCCAUCACACCCCUGAGACACACCAAAGGACCUAGUGCGCUUUUUAUGUAAAACAAAAUUAUUUAAUGUACAUUUUGAAUGAGUAGCCCUAUACAUGGUGAAAGCCCUAAUAUUUUUCACUCAUCCACUUUUUUGUAUAAUCUUGUCAUUAUGGUAUUUUUAUUGUACAAAGUUAAACUUUAUUGCAAUUAUAAUUUCUUGUAAAUUGUUUAAUAAAACAAACUUUAAAAAA